AUGAUCCAAAAAGAGCUACUGUUCGGUUCCGACCCAGAUGAGACUGACGGUUCUGGUGACGGAACCGGAGGAGACAUUUGGGUCCAGAAACCAGGAGUCUUCCAGCUGCAGGUCCAGUUCGGAACCAGAACCGGUCUGCUUCAACUCGAACUGCGGUGUCACCUGAACUCUUCCAGAACCGGUCCAGUCGGAACCGAAACCUCGCUGAGGAAGCCGGCAGCCGGUCCAGUUGUUCCGAUCCGGUUCUGGUUCCGCGUCUUUCUGGUUCCCGCGGGUCAAAGGUGGAAACGUCACGUGGUUUUCCACGUGCACGCACCUCGUGCACGCGCUUCUUCACGCGCCCUGCAUCGCUGGAACGUGUACAGUUCUGAAGAACCGAACCGAACCUCUCCGUCACUCCGCCCCCACCGGGACGGGGCCCGCGGCCCCAGCGCCUCAGAGAGACGGAGGAGGACGAGCAUCCAGCACAGAGCCGAACCGAACCGGACCGGACCACGCAGCUUGUCCAUGAGCCCAAAGCUGUCCUCGCCGUUCUCAGUCCCAGACAUCCUGAGCCCGAUGGAGGAGGCGUACCGCCGGUUCGGAGGGAUGGAGCCGGGCCAUCUGGGGGCCUACCGGCAGCCUGGGACCCAGAUCCAGCUCCAGAACCAGAACCACCUGUACCACCACCAUCAUCACUUGUCCGCUCCCUCCUCUUCCUCGGCUGCGGGCCCCGGGCCCGCCUGCCACGCUUCCCCCGGGGUGCCGCAGUUCUCCGGGGCCGCGGCGGGCUUCGGCGGCGGCGGGGAGCUGCUCCCGGAGCCGCGGCGCAGCAGAGGGCCCGCCGCCUGGUACGGCGGCCCGGAGCCCCGCUACCAGAGCAUCUCCAGGCUGAUGGGCUCCCCGGGCGCAGUGAGCCUCCCCGGGAUGGAGCCCGGCUCCCAGCCGGUGCUGUCGCUCCACGCCGCGCCGCGCCGCAAGCGGCGGGUCCUUUUCUCCCAGGCGCAGGUGUUCGAGCUGGAGCGGCGCUUCAAGCAGCAGAAGUACCUGUCCGCCCCAGAGCGGGAACACCUGGCCAGCCUCAUCCACCUCAGCCCGAACCAGGUCAAGAUCUGGUUCCAGAACCACCGCUACAAGCUGAAGCGGCAGGCCAAGGACAAGGCCGCCCAGCAGCAGCAGGAGGAGGCCGGCGGCCAGAGCGCGGCCUCCCGCCGCUCCUCCGCCAGGUCCCCGCUUCUCUCCAAGGCAGAUCGGAGCUGCCGGGGCGAACCGAGCCAGGCCGGCUCUGCUGAAGCGGUAGCCAACCAGAACCAGAACCAUCGGUCCUCCUCGGAGCAGCUGGAGGAUCUGUGCCCCAGCCCGCCGCUCGGCCUGCAGCCGCACAUCAGCCUGACGCAGACGGACGCGGCGCUCAUCGAGUACACCAGCAGCAUGGUCGGGUCCAAUUUACUGUACGGCCGAACCUGGUAGAACCGGGAAAACUGAAGAACAUUCCCGACCACGGACCGCAGGACAGAAAAUUAUCCAGUUUUUAUUUCCGCGCGUAAAAACGCGGUUCCUUUACGCAGAGACUCGGACAUCCAGCGGGAUGGAGGAGAGAUAAAACCGAACUGGACCAGAACCAGAACUUCCUCCUGGAUUAAAAGGAAUAUUCCUCAGAAUCCCGGUCCACUGGUAACAAACUGGUUCAAAACUGAAGCGGAAAUGAAAGCCGGUUCCGUUCAGGCAUGACUGUUUCCGUUUUAAAAACAGAAUAUUUCAUGUAAAAAAACUGGAUUUUUAUUCUAUUUAAAAUAAUUUUCUUUGA